AACACAAAUGAAGAUGAAAACUCUCUGGAAUUUGGCUCAGACUUCUUUGAAAAAAAAGAUGCUGAAAUGACACAUGAAAAUCUAUCAGAACAGGAUAAAGAAAAACAUUUGCAUGAGAAUACACCCAGUCAAGAUACCAAAAACAUGGAGUCCCCUUACCUCCAAGGGACAGUCACAUCAGUGAUCAACUUUUUAAAAGAAAGUAGCUUUGUGUCUUAUCUUGGACCUGAAAGUGAAGAUAAUGAAUAUAAAGAGGAGGAACACAAAGAACUAGGGGAGGGAGAGGAACAAAAUGAGAUAAUGAAGAUGGAAGAACAAGAAGACUCUCAAGUGUUGACAGAGAAGUGGAAGGAGACAGUCAGGAGACAAAGGAAAAAACAACAGGAUCUUAUAUCUAGAGAAAAGCAGAAGCCCCUGGAAGAGCUAAAAUUCAAGACACCAGAACACUUAACGGAAGUAGAGCGGGUAUAUUAUAGGAAGCAUGGAGAGUUUAUAGAGAAGACUAAGGAGGAGGAUGUGGCGUUAAAAGACACAAAGGAAGGAAUUACUGAGCUAAUACAGAAGGAGCAAAUUGAGACAUUUGACAAUGAGAAGCACAAAGAAUUUAAGCAAGUAGAUAAGCAAGAGGAGAUGCAAAUGUUGGAUCACAAGCAUGAAGUGGUUGGUGCGUCAGUAAUGAAGAUACAGAACAAGUUAUUUGCAUUAGAUGAUUUAGAGUGGGACAUGUCCGAAGAGAGGGAUAAACUGACAAAUAUAGUGAUCGAUGAAAUGGAUGGAAAACUGGGCAAUUUUACACAGAAAGAGGAGGCAGAUGAAUUUGAAGAUGAAAAGCAGGAAGGGUUUGAAAGAGGGAAAAGGGGAGAGGUAGUCAUUGUAUUAGGAGAGAAGACCCAAGAAGUAGUGGAGGGGUUAAAUGAAGAGAAACUAGAAGACUUUGUAGACAAGCAGGAGGAGGUGGGAGAAUUAGAGGAGACAAAAUAUCAAGUCAGUGGUGAGUCAGAAGAAGCCUUUGAAGGUGAGAGGCAAGAAGAAUUGGAACCCAAGGAGCAGGUGGGACAAAGAUUUGAAAAGACGCAUAAAGGGGAUAGUGAGUCAUCAGGAUUGUUAGAAGACAAGGGGCAAGAAGAUUUCAAGGACAGGGAGUGGAAGGAGGUGCAAAAGUUGGAAAAGUAUGAAGUUGAUAGUAAGCCAAGAGAAGAGUUAGAAGAGAAGGAAAACAUGGAGGAGAUAAAAGUGAAGCAACAGAGCAAGGUGGGAAAGUUGGAGAAAAGGUAUGAAAUGCGAAGUGAGUCUGGAGAUGGGAUGGAACAGAAGAAGCAUGAGGAGGUGGAAAUGUUGAAGUAUGACGAGGAUGGUGAGUCAGAAGGAUUAGAGGAGAAAGACAACAUGGAGAUAAAUGUGAACCAGAAUGAGGUGGGAAAGUUAGAGAAAAAGUAUGAAGUAAGUGGUGAGCCAGGAGAGGAGUUGCAAGAAAAAAGCCUACAGAUGAAACACAAGAAGCAGGAGGAGGUGGAAAAGCUAGAGAAAUAUGAAGUAGAUGGUGAGUCAGUAGAAAACUUAGAAGAGGAGCAUAUAUAUGUGAAGCAGGAAGAAGUGGAAAAGUUAGAGAAAAAGUAUGAAGUGAGUGGUGAGUCACGAGAAGAGUUAGAUCACAAGGGGAAAGAAAAGUUCAAAGACAGGGACCUGGAGAAACUGGAAAAGUUAGAGAAGUAUGAUGUGAAUGUUGAGUCAAUAGAGAGGUUUGAAAACAAGAUGCAAGAAAAUUUCACUGACAAAGAGCAGGAAGGGGUGGAAAAGUUGGACAAGGUUGAAAAAGAUUAUGAUUCAGGGGAAGACUUACAGGAGAAGGAGAAAAUGGAGGCGGUCAAAAUUAAGAAGGAGAAAGAGGCAAGGGACUCUGAAGAGCCAAAUCAGUUUGAACCCAGGAAACGGGAAGAUUUAUACAAAGGACUUAACCGGACUGAAGUUGAAGAGAAGAGAAAAGGAGGGGUAAGAAAGUGGAAACAUGUGGAGUUAGUGCAGAUCAAAGAAGAGGAAACCCAAGAGUUUAACAGGGACCUUAAGGUAAGUGAAGACAUCAACGUUAGUGAAUUUGUGGAAAGGAGGGAUGUUAAAGAGGUAAUUGAGAGUGUUGAAUGUAUGGACAAGCUUUGUACUCAAAUUGAUCAAAAUGAAGUCAUAACAGAAAGAGGAGAACACAGUUUUGAGGAUGACUCAAACAAAGUAACAAAAGGAAGUGGUGGAAUAUUUGGCCUUUUUAACAAAGUGAUUUCAUUGGACCAAAGGCCGAUCAAUAAAAUGAAAGAGUUGACAAACUCUCACGCAGCAUUUGCAGGAAAAGCAAAUGAGAUGUUAAAGGAAAAACCCUUUCAGACUCCUAAAGAAGAACUGGAUGCAACAACAAAUAAUGAUAAAGACUUGCAAGAAAACUUCCUGCCACCAUCUCCAUCCCUGACACAGAAUUCCCAAUCCAGUUUUCUCCUUUCAAACACAGCAAAGACCCACCAACCAAAGCCCCUCCCCAACAACUACAAGAUUCUGCAGGACUACGUGGGUAGAGAAGAGGCAACUAUUUUAGUUGAGUUAUUUGGAGCAAAGAAGUUAAAACUUUUGGAUUAUAUUCUUGGUCAUCCAGAUGUUUUUACUGAAGAUGUUGAUGAAUCAAUAGUGUUGGAUACAGAAACACUUCUGCAUUACUGCAGAGAGGAACUGUUCACUGCAAGCAUACAACUCUCUGAUGCACCAGAUGACAAAGAAAAUACCAGAACCAUUUUUGCAAUUCAGAAAGUACAAAUACUGCUGAAAAGAGCAAGAGAAACUUUCAACGCCAGAAAAUCAGCCAUCAAUAGAGCAAACUCUCAAGCUCGGCCAAGUUACGUUGAUGCGUCUUGCCCUGCAUGUAGCAAAGAUCAAGAGACCGCGAGGGUGAUGGUGGGGAAACAGAAGGAUGGAGGCCCAGAAAAAAAUGAAAAGAAUACAGGAAGAUGUGAAGAAAUUUCCUUAGUGGAGAAAGCUAAUAAGUUGUCUCAUAGUCAGACCGUACCAUCAGAAUUACUGGAAGGUGUAAUGUUGCAGCCAGAUGUUAUUCAUCACAUUCAAGAACAGUCAUCCUCUCAGACUCAUGCAAUGAAGGACUUCCUCAAAUGGCUGAAACUGCAGGUUGUGUCAUCGCUACCUGAUGACAUUAGGCCUGGGCCUGACCUCUAUGGAAUCCCAUGGGAACCAAUUGUCAUCUCCAGCCUUUUGGGGCUGGUGGUGGUGUUAUUGUUCAGUUGCAGAUGUUACAGUGCUGUCAAAAGCAGAAUGUAUCGACGUAAGGAAUGGUGGAUGGCUGAGCAGGUUGCACAAUUGGUUGAAGAGAAGUGUGAAGUCCUGGCAACGCUCAGUAAAUGUCAGCAAGAGUAUGAUAAGCUAGAAAAUUUACUAAGUGACAGUGACGUCUCAGAUGAAACCCAUAAGACGAGAGAUCUAGAGGUUAGGGCCCGACACUUAGACCUGGCGAAAACUCAACUGGAAGAAAAUCUGCAAGAAUUGAAGGAUCAGUUGGAUCAGCAGAGAGCACACCGAAUAGAACAGGAAAAAAAAAUCACACUCCUUGCGGAGAGCAUGCAAGCAAUGGAGGAAGAAACCAAGGAGCUCCAAUCACAAGAACAACAGGACAAACCACAGAGCAUGCAAGCAAUGGAGGAAGAAACCAAGGAGCUCCAAUCGCAAGAACAACAGGCUCAAACAACCAUUAAAGUGUACAAUAUGAACACUGACAGACUACAAAGGAAUCUAGAAACAACUGAAGAAGAAAACAGUCUCCUCAAGGAGAGCAGCAAACACUUAAGACAACAGAUGGAGGGAUGGUCAGAGCGAGUAAGUGAGCUGGAGGAGGAAAUGAGGAGGUAUGAAAUGGCCCACAGUGGAAUGGUGCAGGAUGUGGCCAACAAGGAUGAACGUAUAAUGUCUCUCACUAAUCGGCUGCUGGGGAUGAAAGCUUGGGAUGCUGAUUUAGAGUGCGAUGGAGGCGAAUCAUCCAAGGAGACAACAGCAAGAGCAGAGAGGAAUGGAAAAAUAGAUCUAACCAAUUCAGAAGGCCAUCUCCAGAAAGUCCAAAAGCUUGUUUAUGCUGCUAAGCUAAAUGCAGACCUCAAAUCAAUUGAUGAAGACAAGGACAGAGUGUUUGCCAAACUUAAUGAUGAAGUAAAAGCUAAAGAGGACCUAGAAGUGAGCAUUAAGGAGUUGGAGAAUGAGCGAUUAUCGAUGCAAGCUGACACUGAGCACUACUCUGAACAGGUCCAGCGACUGCAACAAAAACUCCAGAUUAUGACUGAAAUGUACCAAGAGAAUGAGCUCAAACUACACAGAUUGCUGACAGUGGAAGAAAAGGAGCGUCUGCAGAAAGAAGACAAAUUAAAUAAAGCAGACAAAAACAUUGCUUUGGCAAUGGAAGAACUCAACAACUAUAAGCUUCGUGCGGGGGAGAUGGAGGAGGAGCUUGAGAAAACCAAGCAGUCUUAUCAGACCCAGAUAUCCGCUCAUGAAAAGAAGGCUCACAAUAAUUGGCUUGCAGCCCGAGCAGCAGAUAGAGAGCUAUCAGACAUCAAGAGAGAGAACGCCCUCCUUAGGCAGAAGCUUACAGACACACAGUUCAAGUUGGAUGCCCUCGACAAAGAUCCAUUUGCCUUAGACAGCCUGGCCAGGCCUUUACCAUUCCGAGCUGAAAGAUUGCCAUAUGGUCCUUCUCCAUUGGGUCACCCUGCGUCUGAAAACCGAGCUUCACUCUCUCCUCCCACGCUUCUUGACGGGCCUUUAAGCAGACUGUCACCUAGAGUAGGUCGUGCUCCAAUAGAGCCCCCAACUGCUCAAGGAGAACUAGAGCGGAGUGGAGGUCCACAUUCAGACAGUGGCUCAAUCUCUCCUUCAUGGGAAAGAGAUCGCAGGGGACCCCCUCCAGGAGGCCCUGGACCAUUCCCCCCUCAAGGUCCAGUCUACAGGAGACCUGGUCCUCCUCCAGGAGUAAUGGGUCCUCUGCUACCUCCAGGUCCUCCUUUUCCCCAUCCAAGGAGUCUUCCUAAUUCCGGGCCCCAGGGACCCAUGUAUCCUGUAGACUCAACAGAUGGUGUACAAAGAGAAAACAGUUUUGGGCCUGAGCAGGCUCCCAGAGAGCCUGGUCCUGGUGAUCGAAGGACUCCCCCUGAAUCGGCUCUGAGAAUGGUGCUACCCCCAAUGGGCCCCAUAGAUGCCCCAUUUCCUCGACGAGCACCCUUUAGACCACCUGAUUUCUUCCCCUCCAGAGGUCCUGGAGGACCUCCCAUGAUGCCCAUGUGGGCUCCUCGGCCAGGGAUGAUGUUACCUCCUCGGUACCCUCCCGGUGGACCUCCACCUCCUCACCUACUUUCUUAUGGUCCAUUGAUGCGGCCUCCUCCACCCAAUGACCUUGCACCUACAUCCAUGGGUCCUCCAACAUCUCAGCAGAACCUCCCCUCCGUACCACAUAGCCAGUCACAAGAUGAGCAAAUGUCCUUUCCAUAAAAUGCAGCAGAUUAAGUUCAGAUUUGAACCUGAUCAUCUUUUAAAUUUUUUCUUGUUCGUACAGUCACUACUGAUGGUUAACCUUAAUUUCUAUAAUACCACCCAAAUACUUUGCAAUUAAUGUCAUAGUUAUCAAUUACUGAAGGUGGGAUGUACAAUUUGCUCCAUUGUGCUACUCUGUCAGAAUUAUUUGCACAAAAUUAGCCACCCAGUGUGAGAAUUUAGUUGAAUAAAGUGCAAAAUGUCUGAAAUGUGCGCCGGAACAGACUAGAUAAUUGAUUUUAAGGCCAGUACAAUCGUUCCAUCCAUCCAUUCAUUUUCUGAGCCGCUUAUCACUAUCCCAGCUAUCUUCGGGCAGAAGGCUGGUUACACCCUGAAAUAGUUGCCAGCCAAUCGCAGGGCACAUAGAAACAACCAUUCAUACUCACCUUCACGCCUAUUGUACAGGCAAUUUAGUCUUCAAUUAGCACACAUUUUUGGGAUGUGGAAGGCAACCAGAGUAUCUGUAGAAAGUCCAUGCAGGCACGGGGAGUACAUGCAAGCUCUAUACAGGCGGAGCCGGGAUUUGUACCCUGAUACUCCAAACUGUGAGGCAGAUGCCCUAAACAGUAGUUCUUCACUGUCCUACCUAGUAUAUACCUAUGAAAUUAAUUUUCCAGGCUACAUAGAAUACUUAACAGAAUUUACUAUUGACCAUAGAUUUUCACAUUUCUUCAUAAUGUUAUGUCUGCAAGUCAUGCGUUCGGCUGAGUUUUAAGUUCCUGUACUCAGUCUUGCGGUCAGAUUUGAGCCUUGUAAUUUUAUAGUUUAUAUUAGCUGAUUUUGUGAAUAUUUUGCAAAUCUAAGUUCAUCAGAGAAGGUGGGUGGAAAAUGUUUGUGAAUUUUGUAAGGAUUAAAUUAAUAAUGUAACAUGA